UUAAAGAUAUCGGCGCUUGCACUUUCAGCUGAGGUGACGGCACAGCAGCAGAACCGAAACAAAACCUGGCAGGACCUCUUCAACAGCUCGUCUUGUGCGAGGCCGCCGUUCACCUGUCCAUAUCCGCACAUCCAGUUUUUUUUGUAUACAAGAGAAACUCAGCAGAAUCCGGUUCAGUUGCACGUGACUCGAAAAGAGUCCUUGUCCAAGUCGAAAUUCAAUCCGAGGAACCCGACAAAGAUCAUCAUUCACGGCUUCGGCGGAGGGAGGAACUUGGCUCCCAGCACUGAUCUUCGGAAAGCGUACUUCACGCGAGGCCACUACAACAUAAUAAUAGUCGACUACGGCUCGUUGGUACGCGAGCCCUGUCUCUCGCAGAUAUCAUGGGGACCGGAUUUCUGUUCGCGCUGCAUUGCUCAGCUGGUGAGGUACUUGAGGGACCAUCCGAGGGGCACUCCUGCCGAGAGCAUCCACGUGCUCGGCUACAGCGUCGGCGCCCACAUAGCCGGCCUCAUAGCCAAUUACCUACCCGAUGACAAGCUUGGCAGGAUCACCGGGCUCGACCCGACGAUAUUUUUCUACAUGAACGGCAACCGGUCGAGGGACUUGGACGAGACGGACGCUCAUUUUGUCGAUGUGAUCCACACGGGCGCGGGAAUCCUGGGACAGUGGGGCCCAAAUGGCCAUGCGGAUUUCUAUGUGAACGGUGGAUCAAGCCAGCCCGGAUGCGCGACCGCGUCACUACUGCAAACACUGUCCUGCGACCAUACGAAAGUGACGCCGUACUACAUAGAGUCGAUAACGACAAAAGUGGGUUUUUGGGCGGCGCCAUGCGCGAAUCUCUUCUCUUACCUGAUCGGCUGGUGCAAUCCACCGGAAGACCAGUACAUACCAAUGGGGGAGGAUACCCCUCCUUCAGCAAGAGGCAUCUUCUAUCUAUCAACAAACGCACACAAACCCUACGCCCGCGGGCUUCCCGUAAAAAAACAGCCAACGACAAAUCAGAAGCGAUCGCCCUACCGCCAGUAUUAA